AUGGGUAUUAAUACUUCACGUUUAAAGGGUAGAAAAUUAAUAAUACAAAGUCUUCCAGAGAAUGUGCAAACAAAAUCCGACAAAGUGAUACAGCCAAGCUGUUUCUUAUCGAAUGAUGUUGAAUACGUUGGAAAUAUACAUGCAUUUCAUUUCAUUAAAAAAAAUUUGUUUCAAAGUAAUUUUUCUUCACCAAUUGAAGAAAGACUAAUUCAAAGUGGAUAUAAAGUAUUGGAUGUUGGAUGCGGUUCUGGUACAUGGUUAUUAGAUAUGUCAACUAAUUAUGAAAUGACUCACUUUUUGGGACUUGAUUUUCAAUCAAUAUAUCCACAAGAGAUAAAACCACCAAAUUUAAAUUUUAUUCAAGCAGAUAUAUUGGAUGGAUUACCAUUUCCUGAUAAUGAAUUUGAUUUUGUGCAUCAAGAUACAAUGACGUUUAAUGGUUUUGGACCAAUUAUGCAGAAAAUAUUUAAUAAUUACAAUUCGUUCCUCUUGAAACAAGAUUUGGACUUCAAAGUAAUGCAUAAACUUGAUUCAAUGCUUGAAUCACACCCAAACAUAACAAAAGUUUAUCGAGAUGAAAAAGAGAUGAUUGUGGGACCCAAUGGUGGUAAAAUUGGCUUAGCUUGUCAAGAGAAUUUGAUAGCGCUUGUUAGUACAGAAAUGACGACUCAAAUUUUAAGUUCUGAAAUAGGAAUCUCUAAAGAGGAAUUUAUAAAUAUGAUAGGAAAUGAUCUUGCAGAUGAGUUAAAAGAAACCAGACCUAAAUUUACUAAUUUUAGAUUAUGGACUCAAAAAAAUAAUAAUCGCUAA